CAAUAGAUACGUUUUUCAAUAUAAAAAGCCGACUCGUUACAAUUUCUGUUCAGUCGAUUUUCAAAUAUCGAACUUCUUUCAAAAAUGAAGUGCCAAGCAAUUGUAACUUUAGUGCUGUUUAGCCUGGUUUACGUAUCAGCAAGAACGUUGCCAUUCCCAAUCGAUAUCCAUCCAGACUACCCCCCAAUCGAUCCAAAUCCGGUUCUGGUAGAUCCGGUUCCGGUCGAUCCAGUUCUAGUCGACCCGGUUCCAGUCGAUCCAGUUCUAGGCGAUCCAGUUCCGAUCGAUCCAGUUCUGGUCGAUCCAGUUCCACCAAUGAAGUGGAAACCACUCGAUCCGAUUAUUUGCAUUUUUCCAAGUCCAUUCUAAAUUGUAUCAGACUGCUGUUUGAGCUGUUAUUUAGAAAUAAAGGAGACUUUCC